UAAGCUGCACGCUGCAAAAUGUACCGCUCGGGCUCAGCCAUGGAUAGCUCGAGCUUGAGAUGAACGUAUACAGAGAGGCACGCCAACCCCCCCUCGUGACAUCUUCUUCUCAGCUCGCGAAAACCCAUUUCGCGGAGAGGGAGAAUGAACGGCGUCUACGGCCUCAUGCAGCAAUGGCAGCUGCUGCCUUCUUCCAAGUUCCUGCUGAGGAAUUCAAGGCACUUGCACGGGAAAUAUCUGUCACGUCGUGGCUGUGUCUAUCCAAUCGUGUGCUUUUGCAAGAGCUUGCAAACUAACGCUUAUGAGGUCGUGAAGGGAAGCUAUCUGCCUACCACCCAAACUGCACAAAAUCCGAAGUCCAAGGGUGAAGUGUCCAUUGAAAAUGAAAAUGUUGGUGCUUUUCAAAAGUUACCAAUGGUGAUGCCUUCAGUUGACAUUCUCUAUUCAUCUCUCAGGAAGGCAAAGAAAAUAGCAGCUACAAAAGGUAUCACAAAUGUUGCAAAAAGGGAAAGGAACAAGGGUGCAAAACAACUUGAUGCACUUAUGAAAGAGUUGGCGGCUCCCCUAAGAGACUAUGUGGAUAAUUUUCCUAAGAAAAAUUUGCACCCGUACGAAAGAUCACUAGUUGAACUGACCCUUGGAGAUGGAAAUUAUGAAGAGGUAUUGAUGAAAGUAGAUACUUUGAGGAAGAAGGUGAUAUCUGUGGGUAAAGAACAUGCUUCUCUCUGUGCUAAGUCCUUGUCCAAGAGAGAAGCAGAGGAAAGGUUGAAUCAGGGUAAAGAAAAACUUGAAGAAAUCUUUCAUCACGAAGGGAAGGCUAUCGACGAGUUGUUGGACAUCGCAAAGACAUUGAGGGCAAUGCCAGUAGUUGAUCUUAAAACCCCAACUCUUUGUCUUGUUGGAGCUCCGAACGUGGGAAAGUCCUCUUUGGUCCGUAUACUCUCGACAGGAAAGCCUGAGAUCUGCAACUACCCCUUCACCACACGAGGAAUUCUUAUGGGUCACAUUGCUUUAAACUACCAACGUUUUCAGGUGACAGACACCCCUGGUUUGCUAAGGAGACAUGAUGAAAACAGGAAUAAUUUGGAGAAGUUAACACUUGCUGUGCUAUCACAUUUGCCAACAGCAAUACUCUAUGUGCAUGAUCUCUCUGGAGAAUGUGGAAUGUCGGCUUCAGAUCAGUACUCGAUCUACAAAGAAAUCAAGGAACGGUUCAAUGAUCAACUCUGGCUUGAUGUUAUAUCCAAGAGUGAUCUGUUGCAAGAGUCCCCUGUUGUAUUUGUUUCUGAAGAUACAACAGUUGAUGACGAUGAGAUGGUCCAGUACAGGAAAGAAGGACCUGAUGGAGCAAUUCAUGUGUCUGUGAAGAGUGAACGAGGGCUCAAUGAGCUAAAGCAAAGUGUUCACAAGCUGCUAGUUGCUCAGAUAGACAGGAUUAAAAACGAAACAAGCGUCACAUGUCCAGAAAAUCUCAUAUAAAGGUUCUCUCAGAUUCAUCCUAUGGCAAAUCAGUCAAAGUGAGGGUUGCAUAUGUUAGAGGCUUUCUUAGUCUUUACCUCUUGGUGGGUUCCAAUGAAAGCAAGCGGCGAUUCAUGAACUGGUCAACUGUUUUACUUGGGUUUGCCACAAUCUGUCCGAGAUCACCCUUUGGUUCACUAACAAUGCUCAUGCAAGAGAACCGUCCAACACUAUCUGCUUCAGUGACCCUUCUCAAGGCCAUAUUAUUCGUGACCCUUCUCAUGGUCCCUGAUGAAAUUCGGUUCAUUGCAGGUUUGAAUUCUACUUCAAUUUUUGCCUUAGAAGAAAAAUCCUCACUAAUCCUUUGAUCAAUCGUGGAGGCAUCUAUACUUGCCAACGCUUUUGGAUACAACUCAAUCUAUGUAUUCUGUACGGUAGCUAUGGUUGUGUUGUAGCUCUGGUGCGCUAGAGCCAUGGUCAGCUGGCGCUGCAAUAUAAAAUUUUGUAGCUUAUAUGUUUGGCAAUAUAUAUUUUACAGCUGCAGCACCUCAAAACUGAGUGAAGUAACUUCCUAAAAGCCGUUUUAAGGUAGAACUGAAGGUGCCCUAGCUAUUAGGAGUAUGUCGAAGAUCUUAUAAAUGCGAGCACAUCCCUUUACAGAGCUGAAGCUGUUGUAGGAACAAUGUACCGAACAUUCUUUUAGUACAACUUUCCUCAUUAUGAUCGA